CUCAAGAGGGCCACUAUUUCAGCUCCUGUAAUGCACACUCCCAGCUGUUUUAUUGCGUAGUCUCGGAGGGGGAAGAGGGAAACACGAAAGCUCCGCUUCACUGACAUACCGUGUCACAAGGUUGCUUCCUUGACGCUGCCGUAUUUCUAAUCGGUUUCUGAUCAGUGUUUGAAAACGAGCAGUAACGCUACAAGGAAGGCGACGUCAGUCGGAGGCUAAGAAGAACUGUCAUAUCAUGAGUGACUAGGCGCGAGAGCGACUGCUCACUCGGAGCCGUUAUGGAUACCAUUGGGGUCUCGUUCUUGGACCCGCUGGAUGAUUAUGAAUUGAUACACCGGGUUGGGAGUGGUACUUACGGCGAUGUAUUUAAGGCUCGCAAGAUCAAGACAUCUGAGAUGGCGGCUAUUAAGAUAGUAAAGCUGGAUCCUGGCGAUGACAUCACCUCCAUCCAGCAGGAAAUCACCAUGAUGAAGGAGUGCAAACACAAGAACAUCGUGGCGUACUUUGGAAGCUACCACAGGAAUACCAAGCUGUGGAUCUGCAUGGAGUACUGUGGAGGGGGCUCACUGCAGGACAUUUACCACGUAACGGGGCCCCUGAAGGAGAAGCAGAUUGCCUAUGUGUGCAGGGAGACGCUUCAGGGUCUGCACCAUUUGCACGACACCGGGAAGAUGCACCGGGACAUAAAGGGGGCUAACAUCCUUCUGACUGAACGAGGGGAUGUUAAACUGGCGGAUUUUGGUGUGGCAGCUGAGAUAAGCGCUUCUGUGGCCAAGAGGAAGUCUUUCAUUGGGACUCCCUACUGGAUGGCUCCAGAGGUGGCCGCGGUGGAGAAGAAGGGCGGGUAUAACCACCUGUGUGACAUCUGGGCCGUGGGCAUCACUGCCAUAGAGCUGGCCGAACUGCAGCCCCCCAUGUUCGACCUGCACCCAAUGAGAGCCUUGAUGCUGAUGUCAAAAAGCAACUUUCAACCUCCAAAACUCAAAGACAAGACCAAGUGGUCUGCAGGUUUUCAGAGCUUUGUGAAGAUGUCCCUGACCAAAAAUGUCCGUAAGAGGCCUUCAGCCGAACGACUUUUAGAGCAUCCGUUCAUGACCCAGCUGCUCACUCGAACCCUGGUCAUCGAGCUGCUCGACAUGGCCAACAACCCAGACCUCCACUUCACACAGGCCCUUCUGGAGAACGAGCCUGAUUCGACCGAUGCCUUCCCAGAUAAGAUCCAGGCGGAGGGGAAGCACCUGGCUGUGGAAAGGACUCUGUCUGAGGAGCAGUUUGACCAUGUGAAGUUCGGACCGCCCAUGAGGAAAGAGAUGGAGCCCUACCCCGAUCUGGACUACGAUGACUGGAGUAUCUCCGGGGAUGAAGACGAGUCCCCGAGUCUGCUGGAAUGCGUAGAGGAGGCGUUGCAGCAGAGGAGCUUAACUAUAAAGAGAGCGCCCUCUGGUGAGCCGGUUUCCGGGGAGGAGGGGGGUCGAGGUGGACUGCUGAAGAGGUGCGGGUUACUCAGCGCCCCCCUGAUGCCCAACACGUCCUCCCUGCCCUGCUUCACCUCUCUCUGCCCAAGCCUGGAGGACCGGGACCUCACCCUCCGCCCCAGUUCCACCCUGCACAACAACUCUACCCUGAUGCCCAACUCCAACCCAGCCCUGUCCAGGUGCUCUGCCAGCCCAGACAUCCGGCUGUGGUGCGGUGAUGCUCCUGCAGGGGGCGCCGUGGAGGCUGAGAAAGCCGCGGCGGUCCCCUCCCCGACCCGCGGCCCGCCAGUAUCCCCGGAGUGGAGCACGCUCCGCCGAAAACACGAGGAGUCAAGAGCAGGUUGUCAUGGGCUGCCCCCUACACCCCAAGUUCAUAUGGGCGCCUGCUUCUCAAAGGUGUUCAACGGCUGUCCCCUCAAGCUGCACUGUGCUGUCACCUGGGUCCUUCCAAAAACCAGGGAUCAGUACCUGAUUCUGGGGGCAGAAGAGGGCAUCUACACCCUAAACCUGAAUGAGCUGCACGAGGAUACCAUGGAGAAGUUACUCCCACAGAGAUGCACCUGGCUGUAUGUUAUGAAUAAUGUUUUAAUGUCUGUCUCAGGGAAGUCGUCCCAGUUGUACUCUCACAGUCUGGCCCUGCUGUUUGACCAGCGCAGGCACCUGCAGAAACGGCAGGGCCACCUGUCACUCAGCACCAACCGACUCACCGACCGGAUCAACCCCAGCAGGAAGUUUGCGGUCUCCGUGAAGAUACCAGACACCAAAGGCUGUCGGAGGUGCAGUGUGGUGCGGAACCCGUACACUGACAGUACGUUCCUGUGUGGUGCUGUCCCCUCUGGUCUGGUUCUGCUGCUGUGGUACGAGCCCCUGCAGAAGUUCAUGCAGCUCAAGCACAUAGCUGUGUGCUUGCCGGAGCCCCUGCCUAUCUUUGAGCUGCUGGUUGUAGAGUCGGAUGAGCUGCCCCAGGUCUGUGUGGGGGUGCGGGGGUGUGUCACGGACAGCCACACGCCACCAAACGAUCAGCAGGUCAAGUUUGACAUCAUACACCUGAACAACGCAACUAGCGUCCCCCAUACAGACAGUGUGCCUCUGAAGGCGGUGCAGGUGACACAGCUGGACAGAGACACGGUGCUCAUCGCUUUAGAGAAGACGGUGAAGAUUGUGAACAUGCAGGGUUUUCCGAGCAAAGAUUUGGCCUCUGAGCUGACCUUUGACUUUACCAUUGAGACCCUGGUCUGCCUGCAGGACAGCGUAUUGGCCUUUUGGAAGCACGGCCUUCGAGGGCGGAGUCUGCCUAAUAAUGAGAUCACACAGGAGAUAGUUGAUGAAAGCCGUGCGUUCCGGGUUCUGGGGACGAACAGGGACAUCGUACUUCAGAGUACCCCUACGGUGACCCCCUCUGCCACGAGUAACCUCUACAUCCUGACAGGACAUGAAAGCAGCUACUGAGAGGAAGAGAGAAAGCGGGAGAGGUAGAAUAAGAGAGAGGGAAAAAAGGGAAAUAGAUAGGAAAAAGAGAAGAGAGAGAUUCGGAGAUGAAUAGCACUACAUGUCAGGCAUGAGGACCGAGGGCCCACACACUACUUGGGCCAGACUACAGCCCAGUUUUCCCCGUUUGGGAGCUUCAGAUCAUCCUGGGAAGAGACUGUCAGACCUGGAUUUACCCGGAAAACCAGGGGACUGGAACAGUGUGACAGACUGGAGCAUGGGGAAGACAUGCCUUCAUUUCAUGGCACUCACACACACGCUAACACACAACCAUUACAAACAGACACACAGAUACACUACACACACACACUAACACACAACCAUUACAAACAGACACACAGAUACACUACACACACACUAACACACAACCAUUACAAACAGGCACACAGAUACACUACACACACACACUAACACACAACCAUUACAAACAGACAUACAGAUACACUACACACACACACACACACACACUAACACACAACCAUUACAAACAGACACACAGAUACACUACACACACACUAACACACAACCAUUACAAACAGGCACACAGAUACACUACACACACACACUAACACACAAACAUUACAAACAGACAUAGAUACACUACACACACACACACUAACACACAACCAUUACAAACAGACAUACAGAUACACUACACACACACACACACUAACACACAACCAUUAUAAACAGACACACAGAUACACCACACACACACACUAACACACAACCAUUACAAACAGGCACACAUAUACACUACACACACACACACUAACACACAACCAUUACAAACAGACAUACAGAUACACUACACACACACACACACA